AUGAGCAAUCUACAAAUUCCGACAAAUUCUAACGAGAGACAGGGCUCUAUAAUAGACUCGUUUAAAAGCUUUAAUUUGGACAAUAUAAGUCAUGGCGUUCGUCGUAAUUUGACUCAAGUUGAUCCCAGGUUACCUAAAGAGAUAAGGAACAUUACUUUACUCGUAAAAGAAGAGAGGAAUGUACUGACAAGUUUGCAAAAUGCGGCUUCGGAAAAGAAGGAAGCAAGCGUACUUCUUCAAAUUUGGGGCAAGGAAAUGGGAGAAGACCUUACUGAUAUUACCGAGAAGUUAUCCGAUUUGACAGCAAAAAUUUCUGAUACAGAACAAGUUUUUACAGAAAAAUAUGCACAUUAUCGAAAUCUUCUCAAGGAAAUUCGCACAGCUGAGGAAUCUCUUAUUCCUUCGAGAGAACGUAAACGAAAAAUAAAUGAAGAAAUACAAAAAAUUCAGAAAUCUCAUCCUAAAUCACCUCGCAUCCCAGAAUUGGAAGCUGAUCUUGUGCAUGUGAAUAAGGAAUCCGCUUCUAUUGAAGUAGAAGUAGGAAAUACUAUAAGAAAGAAAUUAAAAGAAGCAUUGAAAUUACUUUUUGAAGCUACAUUCGAGAGUUCGGAAAAAAUUGCAAUUAUUUCAGGGUUUGGAUGGGAUAUAGUGGGUCAAAUUGACGAAACACCAUACAAGCCUAAUCAGGGUAGACCACGAUAUUCGGGAGGAGAAGUUACUCAGCAAGCGAUUAAAGAUUGUCAGGUUGCUUUACUUCGCUGGCAACCUACUUCAUCGAGCAUUAGACCUCUUUUACCUGCAUUGACUAACACAGCUCCUGCAGCUUUAGCUGCUCAAAAACAAGAAUAUGAAGCAAAAUUAAAUCAGCUUACAGUUUCAAUGAAUACUUUAAAGGAAACGCAUGAUUCCCAAAUUAAUAAAUAUAACGAAAAAUUAAACGAACAAAAAGAAGCAUACGAGACUAGAGUUAAUGAAUUUAUGACAGAAUUGACAUCUCAAAAAGGAGGGUUUGAAGCACAGCUAAAUGACUUAUCAUCUGCUUUAUCCAAAGAGAAAGAGACGGCAGAGCAGAAAAUUAAUGAACUUAAUGAAGCAUUGACCUCUCAAAAAGAAAAAUAUGAAUCCCAACUUAAACAAUAUAAUAUCUUGAUGACAACAAAUCAAGAAUACGAAGCUGCAUUAAAAGAACGUGAUUCCAUUAUUUCGAAAUUACAAGAAAAUAUUAAUAGUGUUGCAACAGAGAAGAAUAAAUUAAGUAAUGUAGUAAAAGAUUUAGAAGAAACACUUAAAUCCAAAGCCACCACAAUUGAUCAAAAAGAAGAUAAAGUUGGAAAAUUGGAAGAUGAAAUUUCUAGUAUAAAGAAUCAACUUUCAGAAUUAAAAUUUAGUGCACCGAUUAACACCGAUCAAUUAUCAGACCCAGGACGAUUUUAUAUGGAUGAGGCACCACCAGCUUACGAUGGACCAAAAAAGGAAUACCCAGAAGAUAAAAAAAGUUAA